AUGGCAAAAGCAAUAUCUCUAACACACCACCUCUCCUUCCUCCUACCUCACACCCCUUCCCGAUUCAUAACCUCUUCUACAUUCUUCCAUCCACUCCGCUUCCUCUCAUCAACACCAACCCCAUACCCACUCCAAUACGAACUUAUCAUAAACCGCCCCGACCUCCCCCAACCUAACCCCCACCGUCGAACCGCUAACCCCCCCACCUCACCCGAGCCAAACCAACCCGAGCCGUCUCUCCAUGACUGGGCCGACGAUAAACUCUCCACCGAACCCGGUUCGUCUGAACUCGAUAAAGCCAAGAGGAAAUACUACAACAGACGGAGGAAGAGAAUGUACGGGUCCGAUUCCGAUGACGAUCAUCGGAGAAAUGAGCAUCAGUUUGUGGAGAUGAAACCUGAAGUGGUGGAACUGAGAACUCUGCAUAAGAGAGAAGAGGAAUUGUAUUUUUACGAUGCUUUUGCAUAUCCGUGGGAGAAAGAUAAACAUUACAAAAUGGUUUAUCAAUUGGAGAAAAAGUUUUUCCCUAAUCAGUGUUUGGAUAAAGCUUUUCUUCAACCUGGUCAAUCCAAUUCAAAUUUGAAUGCGAAUGCCAAUGCUAGGGUUAGAAACAUGAAAGUUGGUGUUUUUGGUGGGGACAAUGAGAAUGAAGGUGAAAAGGUUGGUGAUGAUGAUAACAAGUUGGUGUUUUUUGAUGAGAAUGUGAAAGGGGAAGACAGAGAAAAUCGUAACAAGGUUGAGAAUACAGAUCAUAGUGAGAAGAAGGUUGAGGAGUUUUUUAAGGGUUUGAAGAAAGAUGUUCACGUUGUGGAGCCGUUUUUGUCUUCCAGGAGGACUGGUCUUCCUCCUGUUUGGGAUUCUCCGCAUGGGACAGUGCUUUUGAUUAACAAACCAAAAGGUUGGACUUCAUUCACUGUUUGUGGAAAGCUACGUCGCCUUGUUAAAGUGAAAAAGGUUGGCCAUGCUGGAACUCUUGAUCCAAUGGCAACUGGUUUAUUGAUUGUUUGUGUUGGCAAAUCAACAAAACUGGUGGAUAGAUACCAAGGGAUGAUUAAGGGUUAUAGUGGGGUUUUCCGCUUAGGGGAGGCUACUUCAACAUGGGAUGCUGAUUCACCAGUCAUUCAGCGUGAGCCAUGGGAACAAAUCAAAGAUGAGGACAUAAAGAAAAGUGCCUUGUCCUUUUGUGGGGAGAUUUGGCAAGUUCCUCCUAUGUUCUCUGCUAUUAAAGUUGGAGGUGAAAAGAUGUAUGAUAAAGCAAGGAGAGGAGAAAGCAUUGAACUUUCACCUAGACGAAUUUCAAUUUUCCAAUUUGACAUAGAGCGUAGCUUGGAUGACAGACAAAAUUUGAUUUUUAGAGUGGUUUGUUCUAAAGGGACAUAUAUUCGGUCACUCUGUGCAGAUUUUGGGAAGGCUCUUGGCAGUUGUGCUCAUUUAACGGCUCUCCGAAGAGAUUCAAUUGGACAAUAUUUAGCAGAUGAUGCAUGGGAGUUUCAAGAGCUGGAAGAGUCUAUCACCAAAACUUAUCUUUAA